CCUCCUCUAUGCAUCAUUGAAGACAGACUGCAUGCCACACUUUCACUGUACGAUUUUUACAUCAAGCGCCGGGACUCAGACCAAGGGGGAAACGAUUCCUUUCAACUCGAUUCAGUGUUUCCCUUCUUACAUCAAGGAAGCCUGCUUUGUCAAACAAGGGUUUGGCUUUUACGAAGUGGAUUACCAAAACAAGCUAACCAACACGGAUUAAGAGUGAGAACAAUGACAACUGUAACCGAGAAGAUUGUGAUGGAGAGGAUGACCAAUGAAGAAUGCCCUAUGGAGAAAUGUGACGAACUUUACUUUGAGAACACUAAGGACCAGAGGGCUAAAUGGAAUUCACGCCUUGAGUAUAUCCUCUCCCUGGUAGGGUUUUGUGUUGGAUUCGGGAAUCUGUGGCGGUUCCCGUAUAUUUGCAACAGAAAUGGCGGAGGUGCCUUCCUGCUGCCGUUUCUACUCUGUCUCCUAAUAAUCGGGUUCCCAGUGUUCUUCCUGGAAGUCUCGCUGUCUCAGUUCUCAGGAAGAGGAACACCACGUGUUUGGAGCUUCUGUCCGAUGUUCAAAGGAGUUGGAGUUGGUGCCCUCGUGAUGUAUGUUAUCUGCAUCCCUUACUACAACAUCCUCCUGGCUUGGCCCAUCUACUACAUGGUGAAGUCUUGCUCCAGCAUCCUGCCCUGGACAACGUGUGACAACAGCUGGAACACCGACCUGUGCGUGGAGGACGUGAGGAACAUCACCUUCAGCAGCAACAUGACAGCGCAGAAUGACAACAUGACUGUGUCACAGCGGUGGGACAAUGUCACUCUAGCGCAUACGGCGGCUGAGGAGUUCUGGCAGUACAACGUACUGAGUGUGUCCCGUGGUUUAGAGGAGGUCGGUUCCGUCCAGUGGCACAUAGUUGGCUGUCUCUUUGCGUCCUACGUCAUCAUAUUUGUGUGCAUGAUCCGUGGUGUCAAGUCGGUGGGAAAGGCAGUGUACGUGACGGCUAUAGUCCCGUACAUUCUUCUUAUCAUCAUCUUCAUCAGUACCCUAAUGCAGCCGGGAGCUGGGUCUGGUCUGCUGUACUUUGUAACCCCGGACUUCGGGAAACUGCUGGACGUGCAGGUGUGGCUUGAGGCGUUUCUACAGGUGAUGUAUUCUCUGGGUCUAGGCUGGGGAACGAUUGGCACUGCCUCCAGCUACAACAAGUUCCACGAGCCGUGUCUCAAAGACGCCAUCAUAGUGAGUACAAUAUCAGAAGGUACAAGCAUCUUUGCUGGUCUAGUGACCUUUGCUAUCCUUGGAGUGAUGUCGGAGAAGACUGGCGUCCAUAUUUCGAAGGUUGUUUCCAGUGGUCCAGGGUUAGGAUUUGUGGCCUACCCAGAGGCUCUGGUGCAACUCCCGGUACCACAGCUGUGGUCCUUCCUGUUCUUCCUGAUGCUGCUGACAGUCGGCCUUGAUUCACAGUUUAUGAACGUGGAGGUAAUUUCAACAGCCAUAGUGGAUAGAUACCCGGAUGUUCUGUCACGAAAGCGUCACCUAGUUACUGCUGGUAUAUGUGUGGUAUGCUUUCUAGCUGGAAUCUUACUCUGCACUCAGGGAGGCCCCUACAUCUUUCAACUCCUUGACUGGUACAUAAGUGCUUUAUCCGUCUUUCUGUUCUGCACACUGGAAUGUGUCUCUGUGGUCUAUUUUUACGGUGUAAAACAAAUGGGCAAGGAUGUUGAGAUGAUGCUUGGGAAGCCGCUUCCGACAAUUGUGAAGAUCCUAUGGGCUUUUGUCAUUCCGGCAGUGCUCCUUAUGGCCUUCCUGCUGACUCUACUGCGCUACCAACCUCCAACCUACGGCAAGUACAGUUUCCCCGGCUACGCCAGCGUCAUCGGCUGGUUCAUCGCGUCAGUGUCCAUCAUCCCACUGCCAAUAUACAUCAUUCUGGCUGUCAAGAAGCACAUGGGUUCACACACAUUUACAGAGAGUAUCCAAAUGGCUCUCCGCCCCGAAGAUGCAUGGCGUCCAUCAGAUCCUCUCUACAGGAAGGCGUACAGAGAAAACCUUGUAGAUGCAAAAUAUUCCUUUAAGGAUCACAUCAAAAGUGUAUUUAGGAAGUAAUAUAUAAGUAGUAUCUAUCAAACGCUUGUACAAUGUAUUUGAUGGAAUCAUCUAUUGUGCGAAACCUACAUAUGAACUGAAAGCCUAUUAUGCAAAAGUGCAAUGUCAUUAGGUUUUCAAAAAUGCAUGACUGGCUUUGCUGGAGACAAAUUGCCAUUACCUUGUACAAAAGGUUUUACAUUUCAUCUCUGUCAAAAAUCAUCAUAAUCGAUAUUUGUCUCAUUGUCAGUGAUCGCUCUAAUAUGCUAUUCAAUCCAAGCCAAUGGUAUCUAAUAUCGUUCUUUUACUUUAUCAAGAUGCACGAUACAUAAUUAUGCCGUGUCGAACAUCCACUGACAUUCAUUUUUAAGCGACCAUGCGGGCCACGGUUGGUCCAGUCGCACUGUCGUGUAUGACUGAAACACUAUUAAAAGCGACAUCAUACUUGUUUCUUUCUUAUAUUGCUGCUUAUCAAUAUAUGCCAUUAAAUGUUACAAUUCA